CAUGAAGAAAGCAAAUAGUCUAGAUAUGUCUCAGAUGAUAAAAAACAAAGUGAAUAUACCUUUUCACUUUUUGAAGUACACAUAACACUCGGAUUUAAAUCCGAUGUUUUCGCAUUUAUUUAUUAAAGAUUUUAUUUCUUGAAUUAAUAAUGUUCUUUUUUUUUGUUUUUCAGAGAAGGUGAUGGAUCAUUAGGAACAGGUGAGAAAUAUUUAUUUUCAGUAGUUAAAAUAUUAUUAUAUUAAUAUAGAUGAAAAAUUACGUAAAGAAACAGAAAAUAAUGCAAUAGAUAAUGGUGAAACUGGUAAACAAGAACAAAAUAAUCGUAAUAUUGACGAAGGUCUUAAUGAAGAUGAAAUGGGUGAACAAGAAGAUGAAGAAAGAGUUACAGCAAGACCGCGUCGUUUAUCUGAAUUGAAUAUCGUCGAAAAAGUUAAACCAAUUCCACCAUAUUCAUCAUUAUUUAUAUUUCAACAUACAAAUAGAUUUCGAAUAUUUUGCCAUCGUGUUUGUAAUCAUCGUGCAUUUGGAUAUAUAAUACUUGUUUGUAUAUUACUUUCAAGUAUUUCACUUGGUGCAGAAGAUCCAGUUGAUUCAGAAUCAUUUCGAAAUAGAAUUCUUAAUACAGCUGAUUAUUUUUUUACAGCUGUUUUUACUGUUGAAAUUUGUUUAAAAGUUAUAUCUUAUGGUUUAAUACUUCAUCCAGGUGCAUUUUGUCGAAAUCGUUUUAAUAUUCUUGAUAUUGUCGUUGUAUCUGUUUCAUUAAUAUCUAUGGUUAUUAAAGAUCGUGCUAUGUCAGUAGUCAAAAUUCUUCGAGUACUUCGUGUACUUCGUCCAUUACGUGCUAUUAAUCGUGCAAAAGGUCUUAAAGUAAGUAUUAAUAACUAAAUUAAACAUAAAAUCUAUCAAAACAAUUUCUAAGAGAUUGAAAUAUGAAACACAAUGUAUAAAAUGAUUGGUUUAUUUUAUUCCUUUUCGAACACAUUUCUUCAACAUUCUCGUUCGAACUUUGUUAGAAGUAUCGAUAUUUCGAGAUGAAAUAAACAUUUGUUUUUGUUUUUGGAACCUUCAAUAUGAAUUUUCAUUCAUCUUCAAUAAGUUUCGUAAAACGGUGAGUUGACUUUAGGUGAAAUCCUUUAUCGUUCUUAUGUUAAUUCAAACACUAUUGUCGAUAUUUGAAUGUGUUCAAAGUUAUCAUUUUUUAAUUGUGAUGAUCUAAAUAAAAAGAUAUCGAUUCAAAUGUAAGAAUGAAAUUUCAUUAAUAUUUGUCUACUAUUUUGUUUUUCAAACUUCGAAAUAAUAAAAACAAUGACAGCAAUAAAACAACAUUUGAUUUACAAAAUAUGUAAGAGCCAGAGUAAAUUGGUAGUUUUGGUUCCUGUCGUUUAGAGAGCAGCGGGUUCAGGUUUUUAUGGGCCCGGACCCGCGAAAAGCAAAAUUGUCGGACCCGAACCCGGACGGUAUUAGUUUUCUAGACCCGGACCCGGACCCGGGCUUGAUAUAUUCGGGCUCGGACCCGUUCGGAUCCAGACUCGUUAAGUGUUUUGCCAAUAUCUAGCACCCUCUGUAUAUAUGAACAAGUGAAGGCUCAUGGUUUUAGCUGACUAUUGGUUGCAAGAACAGUUGCCAUCGACAACCAAAAAGAUUCGAACGUUUGGCGACGAUCUGUUUAGUGAUGAAGAUAUUAUUCAUAAAAAUAGUGAUAUAUCUAUUGAAGACGAUGAACAAGAAUAAAAACGAAAUAUUAAUUUUGUUUAUGACGAAAUAAGGGUUCCAUGAAAGGUGCUCUCCGGACAGAUGCUCCCGCGACAGUUGCUCGC